AUGUCAAUUGUUAAAUCCUCAAAAAAUAGGGAUCAACUUCUUUUUGAUGGCUUUCGCUACAGAUGGGACAAGAAAUCUCAAGCCAUCUGGUGGUGCUCACUUGGUACGACAAACACAUCGAUAUAUGAACCAAUAAAUGACUUACAAAUGGAACAGCAUGCUAGUUUAAUAAUGGCUGAACAAUUACAAGCUGGACUUGUGAAAAAAGUUAAUCGAAUAAAAUAUGAACUCUUGGAUGAACAAUUACAACAACUUGUUCCUUCUUUUGAUUUAAUAGCAAGAGAAGUAUUUUUUAAACGAGCAAGAGCCCUCUUCUAUUUUUGA